CAUCGCUCCCCAGCCCACCCACCAUGAGCAGCAUCGACGGCGACCCCCACUCCCCCCACUUUCCCACAACCCUCGUCCUCUCCCGCAACGCAGCCUGCCACCAGUGCCGCAAACGUAAACUCAAAUGCGAUGCACAGAAGCCCGUAUGUGGCAACUGCGCGAAACCCCGGGUAAGGGGGUCCAGACCAAGCAAUGGUGAUUCACCUCAAGACCCCAUCAAGUGCACUUGGGACAGGCCGAAAGAGCCCAGUGCCCGAACCAAACGAAGACGGGAACUUGCCAAAAGGCAGGCAAUGGAAGCGGACGACAAGAACAUGAAGAAUGACCAGAGUGGCAAUGCCAAAGGAGGCAAAGCAAAAAAGACAAGGCUCAAUGAGCCUGAAGGUCAGAGUGACCCUGGCCGCUUUGCACUUGACGACACGGCCGCCACUUCGUACUUCCCCGGUAGCAGCAUUCGUGAUGGACUCGCGAGGCGUCCAAAUCUUGACGACGCGGACUAUCAUCGCAACGGAGCAGAGGAGUACACCUAUCGACACCCCCCAUUUUCCAUCGGGAUGAUGGGAGAUAUACCAUUCUAUCCCGAAGGAUCUCCUCGAGAUGGCCGAGCGCAUCAAGUGCAAGGUGAUGAGGGAGAUUCAUUGAGGCCCUGGGCCAGUCUCAACGGCUCCAUUGAUUCGGCCGUCAGGCUGGAGCCGUCAGAUGGGAGUACCAGGUCAUUCACAGACCUCAAUGGUCACACGGACAGCGUCCCAAACACUACAAGCGGCGAUAUGGAUGAGGCCCUUGGCGUGUUUUGGCCCGAUUGGCCCAGGGCGCUUCCCAUGCCGGCAGUCGUUGAUCAUGCUGUUCGUGUAUUUUUUGACAAGGUACCAACACUACCCAAGAUGCUCAACAAGAGUCAAUUGCUGCAAAAUAUCUCGCGAUCCCCUUCGCAUCCCAAUUUCCCUUCCACGUCUCUUCUACACUCCAUCCUUGCUAUUACCGCCAAUUUUAUAUCCGAAACAUCUCUUUCCUCGCCCUCCUACUUUCCCGUCGGCACGCCCUCUCAAGCCCAUACUCAUCCCAUUGAGGACUUUGACAUUUCCGACCACAUCACCAAUCGCAGCGUACAACCGCAACAUCCCUCGCGCGGUCUUGAUAAGAAAUUGUCUCCCGUGACCUCAAUGGCGAGGUUUCAAUUGUGGCAUAGAAGGAAGGCUUUCGAGACAUUCUAUCAUUAUGUGGACAAGGGCGAGAAAUUGGUGCAAUGCUUACAAGCGCAGAUCAUUGCCACUACUGUGGAUCAAUAUAAUGCUUGGUGGACGGAUGUCUGGAUCGAGACGGGAUCUUGCGUAAGGGUAGCCACACCCCUGCGUCUUCACGAAUCACCCCACGUCCCCGACAGCUCACUCCAAAAAUUUGCCCAUCUCCUUCUCGCGCCUGCCAAGACGGCCAUGGAUCAAGCCGAGCGUGACCGCACAUGGUGGAUGACAUAUCUCUUGGAGCGCAGUGUCACUGCUUCAACAUCAUGGCCAACAGCCCUCAUCGAUGAUGAGAUCACGGUUGAGCUACCGGUAUUGCAGAGUACUUUCGAUGCUGGAUAUGGAGACCUUUACGGGACACAGACUCUACAUGCUCCUGACUGUCUGACGCACCAUCCCCCGAAGCAUCGAGACAGCCUGUGCUUCUUGAUCAAAUCUAUAAAACUCCUGAGUGAGGUCAAUGUCUUCUUUCGCAAGUACUCACGGGGUAGCCAUAGUUUAGCGGGCUACGUGACAAAUCCCACGUUUCGUAUAUUACUCUCUCAAAUCAAUUCGUUCCGAAUGUCGUUCCCGCCCGAGUAUCGUCGCCCGACUCAGAACAUCUCAGGAGGGGGUGCCAAUGCGCUCGAUAGGGAUCUGAUCAUGGCUCUUUGGGUCACUCAUAGUGCCAUAAUGGCCCUGGGAGAACCUCUCAUCACCAAAGACUCGUGGAUGGACGAAGGAGCUCGCGUGACACUGUCAGCUAUCCGCGCAACCCUGUCGUUGCUGUACGAUGUCACAUCGACAUCAUUUGACCUAUCGUUGUUUCCCCCUUUUGCGCCCUUUGUGUGGUCGAUGACCUGUAGAGGCUUGAUCAGAUUCAUGGGGACGGCCAUGCAAAGCGGGGAUAUGGUCUCCGCGGCCGUCUUCAGGUCGGAGGUGGAAGUUUUCCGGUAGGUCGACAGUAGCAGUACGCGUGGUGGGCCACGCUAAUGAACGGAAGACUUGCCAUGAAAAGGUAUGGGGAAAGAUUCCCUGUUGGAAACAGGCAUCUGAAAGUGGUCGACGAUUUUCUUGAAACCACCGAAAGUAAAGGCGAGGAUCCUGGACACGGUACCCGCUUUCAGUGCAAAUGCGAGCUCAUCAUAAAAUGUGGCCGCGAGGUUGGUGCCUCAAUAAUAGAGGAAUUGUCGCCGUCAAAUACAACAUCCACUAGCAUGGUCACACCUGAAGCGGCCCUGUCCGAGUCUAGCACCUCCGACGCACGGAUGUCUACGGCGGCUUCUGCGUUUGCAAGCGCAAUGGGUGGUGUCAGAGUGCGUGAAGUCCCUCCUGUAGAGGAUGGCGCAAUAGGAGAGGGCAUCUCAGCACUUGCUUCUAGUGGAUCUGCGCUGGCAGGGUCCACAGAGGAUGGCGGUACCCAUGGCGUUGGGACUACGGUCGGCUCUUUCAAACAACCCCGGCCAGUACCUUCGUAUCCCGGCUCGGGUCCCCAUCCCGAACACCUCCGCCGCUUACCAUCACUCACAUCAUUCUUCCCGCCCAGUCUUGCCCCAGACCCCAACGUAUCCACCCCUGUCCCUCAUGGUGAUACCACAUCUCCGCAUAAUCAGCCGAGCCCCCCCAUUUUUGACGCCAAUACGUUGUGGAGCGCUCCUCCAUAUCUUGCAAAUCUGCAUUCAAGCUCCAACAUGUUUUCAGCCAACUCUUUCAUGAAUGGUGCCGGUCCCAACGAAUCUUCUCAUAUCAACCCCACAUCUCCUGCAUUCGUGAGUAACAACACUCUGCAGGAUGGUACGAGUUGGGAUAUCAGUAGUUUCAGUUUUGAUGUGAAUAAUGUGGCUGGGAUGUUUGAGGGCAGCGGGGCGACGUUUGAUGGCCGAGACUACGGGUUCGGGACGAUGUAGGCGUCAGUAUUCUUGUAUAUUCUUGUAUAUUUAUGACUGUAGGGCUAUGUAAACCUUCCCCGUCC